AUGGUGGAUACUGCAUGUCUUGGUACCCUCAGAUUAAGUCUAGAUGUCUGUGUGAAAGGUGGACCCUAUUCCAAUCAAAGUGAUGGUGUUCAAAGACAUUACCCAAAACUAGUGUUUCACUUUCAACUCAAGAGAAACAUCCUGUAUUUUAUACUAGAGACGUAUGUACCAUCAAUCCUACUGGUUGUGCUCUCCUGGGUAUCGUUUUGGAUAAGCCAGUCAUCAGUUCCAGCCAGAAUCUGCAUAGGUGUUACCACAGUCCUUACUAUGACAACACUGAUGAUGGGAGCCAGGACUUCACUCCCAAAUGCUAAUUGCUUUAUUAAGGCAAUUGAUGUAUACCUUGGUAUCUGCUUCAGUUUCAUCUUUGGAGCACUCUUAGAGUAUGCCGUGGCUCAUUUCUACACUCUGCAUAGACUCAGCUCAAAGGAACUUCCAAAGGAUGAGGAUGAAGAGGCUGAAGAUGAGAGGAAUGGAGUCCUGGCAGCAGUUGCUAACAGUUGCAGUGCCCCUGACAAUGCGAACAAGAUUGAUUUGAACAAGAACAGCAAAACCAGCAUGGACGGAAAAAGGGAGAGAAGUAAACACGGUGGGUGUAGUUCAGCAAUGUCAGUAAUGAAAAGACUUUUCUGUGUCUUUGAUUGCUUCCAUGUUAAAAAUCCUUACCACAUAGACAACUAUGCCAGAUUUUCUUUCCCCUUAUCAUUCAUCAUAAUUAAUGUAUUUUAUUGGGUAUAUUAUUUGUAUUUCUGA